GUUGGUCAAAAGUUGCUGCAAUCCAAGCAAGGCUGUGUAUAUUUGUGUAGGAAUGAAUUAGAACUUUACUGUCAUCUGAAAGUAACACUAUUUAUUAAUAGGUUUGGGUGAACUAGCCCAACAGAUAGUUUUACUAUUGCGUGGUUCGUUAUAGAUAUAACCAUUUCUCAUUAAAUACCUAUCUACAAACCUAUAAGUUUUAAGUUUUUGUGCAGCUAUUAACUAGUAAAAUGAGUGAGAGAGAUAUUUUGGUGGAAAACGAUGAACUGGCUGUUAACUAUGGUGCAGGCCCAAGCCAAGAAUUCAAAGGAGACGAACGUGAGCCUCUUCUCCGUGAAAUGGAGGAAUCAAAGAUAGGGAUAAGUCAUCAGACGCUGGUCUCUAAUGUUGCCGAAGCUGCUAAGUUUCCCCAGUAUUUCGCUGCUCUUGUGGCGACACUCGGAGGAUUUAUCAGUGGGAACUGCCUGGGAUGGACUUCGCCAACAAACGGGCCAUUGAUCAAGGACAAAGAAUACGGGUUCCCAAUCAAUGAUGAUGAAUUCUCAUGGAUCAGCUCUAUCAUGGCGGUGGGGGCUCUGGUGUCGGGCCCUAUGGUGGGUUGGCUCGUGGACAAAGUGGGGCGCAAGAAUACCAUGCUUAUACUGGUAUUCCCUGCUGUCAUAGGAUGGGCCUUCAUGGUAUGGGCUGAAUCGGUGUCCAUGUUCUGCAUUGGCAGAUUUGUCUCUGGGCUGGCAGGAGGCGGCUAUACAAUAGUCGUUCCCUUGUACACCAACGAAUACUCAGAGACCAAAAUCAGAGGAACUCUAGGAACCUACUUCCAGCUCAUGCUUAAUGGGGGCAUUCUGUUCACCUACGUCUUUGGCUCCAUUGUGAACGUGUUCUGGCUAACGGUUCUAUGUGCCAUUGUUCCGAUCGUCUAUGGUGCAGCAAUGUUGUUCCUACCAGAGUCACCCAUCUACUACCUCAAGACCAAGCGAGUGGAGGAGGCUCGCCAAUCCCUACAAUGGUUCCGGGGCAGAGGCUACGAUGUCGAGCCUGAACUUGCCAUCAUGCAGAAGAACAUUGAAAUUAUGGAGAGUGAGAAGGUAACAAUCUUGGAGGGUUUCUCGACAACAGCUGCCAAGAAAGCUCUAGUAAUCGGUAUUGGAGUGAUGGUUUUCCAGCAGUUGAGUGGAAUUAAUAGUGUUAUCUUCUACACAACAUCAAUAUUUACUAGUGCUGGUGCUUCAUUGAACCCCAGCAUACAAACCAUCAUCGUGGGUAUUGUGGCCGUUGUCGUCACCUAUAUCUCCACCCUCAUUAUAGACCGCAUGGGGCGUCGUCCACUGCUUCUCAUAUCCGAUUUCUUCAUGGCCAUCUGCACGUUCUUCCUCGGCCUCUACUUCUUCUUGCAGACGAAUACCAGCUUCGAUGUCACCACCAUUAGCUGGUUGCCCAUCCUAUCCGUGUGCGUGUACCUGGUCAUGUUCUCUAUAGGAUUUGGUCCAAUACCGUGGAUGUUCGUCAGUGAAGUGUUUCCCCGUAAAAUAGCUGGCUACGCUUGCUCAUUGUGCUGCAUGGUCAACUGGCUCGGGGUAUUCCUCGUUACGAAGUUUUUCUCUGAUAUAAAUGCUGCAAUCGGAACCUAUGCAUCAUUCUGGCUGUUCACUAUAAUUUCCGGGAUCGGCACAGCCUUUGUUUAUUUCCUUGUGCCAGAAACAAAAGGAAAGACCGUUGAAGAAGUUCAGGUACUGCUAAGUGGUGGAAAAUAACCACCAUUACUAUAUAUAAGAGUGGAAUUUUAAUAGUACUCUGUUCUUUGGUUAAGUCAUAGAUGCAUAUUAUUUAUUACAUGUUACUCAAAUUGGUGAGUACUCAAAGUGUUUAUAAACUUAAUAUGUAAAAUAUAUUAACAUUUAAACUUAUGUAAAUAAAAGUAAAACAAACAUCUUUUGGGUACAACCUUCAUUUAUUUUUUUUAAUUUAGCAAAAGCAAAAUAAAGUUAUUUUCUGUGCUUUGUAUAGUUAAACCUUCUAGUCAAAAAGUGUUUAUUUAAAAUUUAACCAUUAACAAAUUUUGUUAGACUAAUUUCCAGUUGAGACCAACUAAUACUAUUUUUGGCUGUGAAUUGAUUAAGAAGCACUUCUAAUCAGAUAACUAAACAAUGUGCCAGGUAUUAUUUAUACAGAUUUUAAAUAGACUGUACAUAUUUAGAAUAUCCACUUAGGGAUUCUUUUAAUAUUUUGUGUGGAGGCAGCCUAUCAGCAUCAGCAUCACAAAUCAAAAUAAUUGUACUAAAAUAAAUCCAAGAUUGCGUGUGGCAACUUGAUCAAAAGUAUUCGUGUAUUGUAUAUAGUGCUUCAAAUUUUAAAAUAUAUGUAAGAUAAAUCAAUAUAUUUUUCUAAUGUUUAGUUUUAAUGUGACUAGUGAACUACGAAAUCAGCUUAAUUAAAAAAAGUAUUCUGUGAUACAGUAUGUAUGUUAUUUAAAAUUUAAGACAAGAAAGGUACUUGUUACUCAGUUUAAACGUGGAAAGUUUGUGCUAUUGAGAUAAGUCAUUCACAAACAGAAUGCAAAUGUGGACUUUUUCUUGUAACAUUCAUUGCUUUUCCCAAUAAAUUUGGCUUAUUGAGCUUUUACCAUUCAAAAUUUCCUCAUAACAUUUGUGAUAAGAAUGUAUUUCUUAUAAGUAUGUAUUUUUUUGCCUCAAGAAGAAAAACCAUUUGCAUAGUUGAAGUGUUAACCGAAAAUAAUCUUUUAAUAAGGUACCUUUUAUGAAAACUGCACUAAUUGUUACAAGAAGUUUACGAAAGGUAAUUUUGUGUUCUUUAGGAAUGUUUAUUAGUAAAGAACAAAUACUAAAUGAACUAAAAUGAAUGUUUAUUUCAGUAACAGAAUGAAUGAAAUUCACUGUCAAAUUUAUCACACCAAUUAGGCGAAUUUUAACAGUCCUAAUUAAAUUGAUAUCAGAAACUUUUGCAAUGGAAAAAUUCAAGUUAUAAAUAUUAACUGAACUCUGUUGUAAUAAAAUGUGUUUAGAUGGAUAAUAAUCAAAUCAUAAAUGUGUCAUGGUAAAAUAUGUGCCACAUAUGUCUGAUUUCACACUAGUUGAAUCUACUGAACUAAGUGAUUGUAACAGAGGUAUGAUGAUAAUUGUCCUGUAAUUAAUUAAAUCACAUCAACAGUUGUACCUAAGUCUUAUACAAACCAUUUCUACCUUAAAAUUUAAAAAUAUUAAUUUUUAAAAGUAAUUAGAUUACUUUUUUGAAUGUACAUUCUUAUAGAACUUUUAAGCUAUGCACAGUAAAGUUAAGCUGAUUUAGUCUAGAAUAAGAAUAUUGUGAUCAAUGAUAUUUUGUAAAUAAAGCGAAUGUAGAGUGUGAAAAGAGAAUAUUGUGAUCACGGAUAUUUUGUAAAUAAAUAGUCUUUUAAUAAAUAUAUUUGUAUAACAAAA